CGCUCGCUGGGCCUCCGGCAUGGACGUGCAGUCCUUGCCGACCUUGGGCCCCGGGGAUUCCCAGUGCUGGGUGCCGGCCCCCAGGGGCGGCCUCUUGGCCCCCGGUUACGGAGCCGGCGCCGGCGGAUCCUACAAACCGCUGCCGGCCAAAGCCGGGCUGGCCCGAGAGGUCAUCAAGUGGCUGCAGAGUCUGGACCUGAGCUUCUCGUUCAAGCACGUCAAGCAAGACUUCUGCAAUGGUUAUCUUGUAGCUGAAAUCUUCUCUUGGUACUAUCCCCAUGACAUUGACAUUAGUGCCUUUAAUAAUGGGGUCUCAUUCCCUUCCAAGCUGAAGAAUUGGUCAAGACUGGAAAAUUUUAUAUUCAGGAGAAAGUUGAAUAUUCCCAAGGAAUUCAUUCAUGCUACAAUGCAUUCAAAACCUGGGGGAGCAGAGUGUCUGAUACAACAUAUAUAUACCUUGCUGACAAAUAGACAAGCAAAGCUCAUCCUCGAUGAUGAAAUAAGCUUUACAAGCUAUGCUUACCAGCAAAAAUUGCCAAUGGUCGCAAGAGCUACUGCUGCCAAUGCUAUUCAAAGCAAUCUGAAAUUGACUGAGGUUUUGGAACGACCUGACGAGUUCACAAAUAAACAGAAAGCACUGGAUAUUAUCGACCUGCAUUUGCAACAGAGGCAGCUGGCAAGACAGCAAAAUCCAAAACAUUUUAAUAUGAAGCCUACAUUGGGAGAGCAAGCAACAAGACUUCCACUCCCUCAGUAUCAAUAUGACUGCAUAAACUUUGUCAACAAAAGAAAUGCGACAGCUGACUCAAAGUUCACAGCUUCAGAAAUCCGAAGUAAAGCCAAUGUUCUAUUCAAGGAAAUCAAUGUGAAACAGGUGGUUAGAAAUUCACAGGCACUGUCUCCAAGCAAUCAACACUGCGGCUAGUAGAGACUUAAUAUCAUUUAAUGGUGAUGCUGCUCCGUUGAACAAUAAAACUGAAUUUGUAAGAUAACAUAUUUUACACAUAUUAUAUGCCAUUAUUGUACUUCAGUUAAUUACAAUAUGUGAACAAUUUAUUUAAACCUGACACUGGCUUCUUGUACCACCAUGUAACAAACUUUGAGAAAUUCAUGGAGAACAAUAAUUGAAUGAGCUUGUCCCGGCCGCCAGAUGCCAAGUAUAUACUAUGCUCUACAACUCCACCAGAACUCUUUGUCCUUUUGAAUUCCCUUCUUACAAACCUCUACUUCUCUUUGCUUCUAAAUGCAUCCUCAAAACCCAUCCUUUUAAUCAAGCCAACUUAUUUUUAAUUCACCAAAAUGCAUUGCACUAAUUUGUUUCUUUAUCUGGAUAACUUGGGGAUAUUUUUUAUGCCUAAAGU